CCCACCCGAAGUUUCUCAAAUCUUUCUGGCCCUGUUCCCCAGUUCCAACACUCACCAGCCACAAAGCCUCAAGGCUUACGCCGAUAAUGCCACUCUAUCAGUCUUCAAUCUCUCUUCACCCGGCAACGGCAGUCUCAACUACAAACUCUCUUUCAUGCUCAGCUUACGAAAUCCAAACCGCAAAUACAGCUUCUACUACGAGCGACUAAAUACCGUAGCGUUUUAUGAUGGAUACCAGUUCGCUCACGCGGGCUCGCUUCGGAAUUAUCAAGGAAGAAACAGUUGGAUGUCGUUGAAUGUGAGCUUAGAGGGUCGGAGUACGGUAUCAACCGACUCGGUGAGGCAAGGUUUUGAGCGGGAGAAAGGAGAAGGUUUCUUUCAUGUGAGGGUGAAGAUUUAUGCCACGGUUCGGCUAAAAAUGUUCAUGAUAAAGAGCGAGCAGUUCAAGCCGGACUUGGAUUGCAACCUAAGGCUUCCCGUGCCGUCAAAUGAUACUUCUCUGGCAGCAGGUUUCUAUAGAACCGAAUGUGAAGCGAACCAUUUCUCAUAG